GUGGCGGCGGCGGCGGCGUCACCGUGGGGGCCCCCCGCGACCCCCAGCAGCCCGGCGAUGGGGGACCCCACCGCCGCCGAGGCCCUCUCCGGAAGGCGGGGCCGGAGAGGCCAGGCCUCCACCAUGGACAGAGGCCAGCCCGACCCCUCCCUGGUGUCGGCUCCUUCUGCCAGGCCCCGAAGGCUCAAGAGAUGGCUGAGUAUUGUUCAAGAUCUGUGGGACUGUCCUGAGUGAGAUGCCCUGUAUCCAAGCCCAAUAUGGGACACCAGCACCAAGCCCAGGAUCCCGUGACCACCUGGCAAGUGACCCCCUGACCCCCGAGCUCAGCAAGCCCACCAUGGACCUGGCCAGCCCCGAGGUGGCCCCCGCCGUCCCCACCGCCCUGCCGAGCUUCAGCACCUUCAUGGACGGCUACGCAGGGGAGUUUGACACCUUCCUCUACCAGCUGCCGGGCACAGCCCAGCCGUGCUCCUCGGCCUCCUCCUCGGCCUCCUCCACGUCCUCAUCGUCGGCCACCUCCCCCGCCUCGGCUUCAUUCAAGUUCGAGGACUUCCAGGUGUACGGCUGCUAUCCCGGCACCCUGAGCGGCCCGCUGGAUGAGACCCUGUCCUCCAGCGGCUCUGACUACUACGGCAGCCCCUGCUCAGCCCCGUCCCCGUCCACACCCAGCUUCCAGCCGCCCCAGCUCUCCCCCUGGGAUGGCUCCUUCGGCCCCUUCUCGCCCAGCCAGACUUAUGAAGGCCUGCGGGCAUGGACAGAGCAGCUGCCCAAGGCUUCUGGGCCCCCCCAGCCACCGGCCUUCUUUUCCUUCAGCCCCCCGACCGGCCCCAGCCCCAGCCUAGCCCAAAGCCCCCUAAAGCUGUUCCCCUCGCAGACUACCCACCAGCUGGGGGAGGGAGAGAGCUAUUCCAUGCCAACAGCUUUCCCAGGCCUGGUGCCCACGUCUCCACACCUGGAUGGUUCUGGGAUGCUGGACGCGCCCGUGACCUCAGCCAAGGCCCGGAGUGGGGCUCCAGGUGGAGGCGAGGGCCGCUGUGCCGUGUGCGGGGACAACGCUUCGUGCCAGCAUUAUGGCGUCCGCACCUGCGAGGGCUGCAAGGGCUUCUUCAAGCGCACAGUACAGAAAAAUGCCAAGUACAUCUGCCUGGCUAACAAGGACUGCCCUGUGGACAAGAGGCGGCGAAACCGCUGCCAGUUCUGCCGCUUCCAGAAGUGCCUGGCUGUGGGCAUGGUGAAGGAAGUUGUCCGGACAGACAGCCUGAAAGGCCGGCGCGGGCGGCUCCCUUCAAAGCCCAAGCAGUCCCCGGAUGCCUCGCCGGCCAAUCUCCUCACCUCCCUGGUCCGGGCGCACCUGGACUCAGGGCCCAGCACUUCCAAACUGGACUAUUCCCAGUUCCAGGAGCUGGUGCUGCCCCACUUCGGGAAGGAGGACGCCGGGGAUGUACAGCAGUUCUAUGACCUGCUCUCGGGUUCCCUGGAGGUUAUCCGCAAGUGGGCUGAGAAGGUUCCCGGCUUUGCCGAGCUGUCCCCCAGUGACCAGGACCUGCUGCUGGAGUCGGCCUUCCUGGAGCUCUUCAUUCUCCGUUUGGCCUACCGGUCUAAGCCAGCCGAGGGGAAGCUCAUCUUCUGCUCAGGCCUGGUGCUGCACCGGCUGCAGUGCGCCCGCGGCUUCGGGGACUGGAUCGACAGCAUCCUGGCCUUCUCUCGGUCCCUGCACAGCUUGGUUGUCGAUGUCCCUGCCUUCGCCUGCCUCUCCGCACUCGUCCUCAUCACAGACCGGCACGGGCUGCAGGAGCCACGGCGGGUGGAGGAGCUGCAGAACCGCAUCGCCAGCUGCCUGAAGGAACACGUCUCGGCCGAGGCAGGCGAGCCCCAGCCGGCCAGCUGCCUGUCCCGCCUGCUGGGCAAGCUGCCCGAGCUGCGGACCCUGUGCACCCAGGGCCUGCAGCGCAUCUUCUACCUCAAGUUGGAGGACUUGGUGCCCCCUCCGCCCAUCGUCGACAAGAUCUUUAUGGACACGCUGCCCUUCUGACCCCGGCCCGGGAGCAGACGUGCGCCGUGUGUGUGCACGCGCGUGCGCCACCCCAUGUGCCUUUAGCCCAUGGCCCACGGACCCCUGGAGCAUCACCCCGGCCUGGGCCUGAGCUGCAGACUGGCCGCCCCCUCCCCAGCUUGCUCUGGGAAGUGGGCCGGAAGCUCACGCCCUGGGGGUGGGGAGGUGCAUCCACAGGGGUGACCCUGACUCUUUGUCUUACGCCCCAGCCCAGCCCUGGCCUUCAUGUUUUUUGUAAGAUAAACCGUUUUUAACACACACGCCGCCGUGCUGUAAAUAAGCCGAAUGCUGCUGUAAAUACAGGAAGGAAGAGGUUGAGGUGGGAGUGGGGGUCGGGAGGGAGGGAGAGAGGGAUGGGACCCCCCCCACCCCGGUCCCCCUGCCGGGCCAGCUGUUCCCAGCCUCCUCCUGUUUGCUCCCUCUUCUCGCCCCCUUCCACGUGUACAUAAACUCACUCUAGGAGGAAGACAAAUGACAGAUUCUGACAUUUAUAUUUGUGUAUUUUCCUGGAUUUAUAGUAUGUGACUUUUCUGAUUAAUAUAUUUAAUAUAUUGAAUAAAAAAUAGACUUGUAGCUGAA